ACUACGAAUCCCAUCUUCAAUAAACUACCCAUCCAUCCAUCCACAUUCUCCAACCUAUUACCGUCAAUAUGUCCAACCCCCUCGAUACCGACGCCGGCUCCGAGCUCUUCAGCAGCUACGAGGCCGAGCUGAAACUGGUGCAAGCAGACUUGAGCCAGAAGCUGGACCAGAUCCCCGAUCUGGCAGGCGAGCCACGCAAAGCAGCAAUAAGUCAAGCAGAGCGGGCUCUAGAGGAAGCCAACGAGCUGCUGGAUCAAAUGCGCCUCGAGAAGCAGAACAUCCCCUCCGCAACCCGCACCAAAGUCAACCAACGCUUCCGCAACCACGAAUCCGACAUCGACUCCUCCAAGCGCAAACUGCAGUCCCUUACCAAUGACCGCUCCGCCCUCUUCGGCUCCCGCUACUCAGACAACCCGAACGAUGUACAGCUCGAGCAGAGACAGCAACUCCUGUCCGGAACCGACAGGCUAGAUCGCAGCUCUCAGCGCUUGAAGAACAGCGCUGCGUUGGCGAAUGAGACGGAGGCGAUUGGGGCGAGUACGUUGGCGGAUUUGCAUAGGCAGAGAGAGACGAUUCAGCAUACGGGAGAUAUCUUGCAUGAGAGUGAGGGUUAUGUUGAUAGGAGUGUGAAGACGCUGAGGGGGAUGGCGCGUAGGUAAAUCGUCCCUUGUCCCGAGUUGCAGACGCUCUGGAUGGAGUAUGCUAAUGUUUCGACUAGGAUGGCUACAAAUCGGAUUAUAAGUAUUGCAAUCAUUACGGUUUUGGUGCUGCUUAUUAUUGCUGUUAUUUACAGCAAGUUCAAGUAGUGGCUCUUGGUGUGUCAUUAUGGCGUUUGGUGCUUUGGAGAUACACUCUUUGCUUUGUUGUGUAGGAGUAAAUCAGUUUAAUGAAACCACUGUACAUUCCCCCAUGCUGUUACGGACCUUGGAUGAUUUACAUGUCGUGGCUGUAGUGUGACCGUUUUUGGAUAAUGAGACCAGCCGAAUGUUUCCAAAUCUUCAAGGCAUUGAAGAAUAUGUUGGCAUUCAAUGAGACUUAGACUCAAGGUUGUUCGAGCAGUGAGGCCAGCAGAGAGAAAGCAAUCGAGGAGGCAUUCAUGUUGCGUUCUUACAUGCUGUAGGAUGACCAGAAUGCGUUCCAAGUCCUUGACCGUCUUAGCAGUCGAUCUCCUUCCCCUCUACUUUGCACUUAGGAGCCGAUGUCCUUGAUUCGCAUUCAUUCAAACAGGAAAAAGCGCAGAGAAAUGUUACUGUGACAACUUCAAGCAGGAGGCAUGAUCA